AUGAUGUUUCGAAAUCAUAUGGUAUUCUUGCUGGCAGCUUCUGCCUCGGCUUUUGUUACCAACAAUCAGCAUCCCAACAAGGUCCAAACAGUCUGCCAUGAAUCUGCCACCAGUAGUGGCAAUGAUAGUGCUUCCCGUCGUGCCUUUUUGGCGGCAUCUGGUUUCGCUGGGAUGACAUUGAUCUCGUCAUUUUCGUCUCCUCCCACAGCUCAAGCCAUUGGACCAGUUAAGAUCGAUCUCGACAAUCCAGUAUACUCCGCCAGACCAUGCCCCAAGGACAAACCCAUUCCAGGAGAAAAAGCCAUGCAAGGUAUGCAGGGGUUGUGUGUCACUGUGGAUGUCGACAUGAAAACCCAGAGUCCCAAGGAUCUAGAAAAAGUGGGAGUAUAUGGUUAUGUGACCUACGAUAACACGGGUGAAUCCGUGCUUGCCAACAAUCCUGAUCUUAGUACAGAUGCUGGGCAGUUUGCUAUGAUUGAGUCGGUUACAACGAAGGACAAAAAGCUACAAUUCGAAUUCAUUGCUGCCAUUCCCAAGAGCAGGGAUGUUUCUCAAUUCGAGAAUGGAAUUGGGAAUUUGCAAUUCGAAUCCUUGCGUGUCAUCAGCUUCCCUGGUGGACAACAAUAUGGCGCCAUCAAUCCAUGUGAAAUGAAUGAAUUCUCGGACGAGUGCGAGGUUUGGGAAACAGAGAACGGGCCAUACGAGAAAGCAGACUACAUGAUCAGAAGCAAUCCUAGGACCAAAGGGCGAUGA